CAUUACGUGACUUACACUCUGAAAAAAAGGGAAGCUGUUUGAUCCAUGGAUAAAAAUGCGAGCGCCACCGAAUCACGAACAAUAGCUGGUAUUUAAAGGUAAUAUGCAGACAAACGUUGACAAAGCAGGCUCUUCCUAAAGUGAAGUUUGCAGCAAAUAUCUUUUCUUGGUGCCUGUGUGUGUAUAUAUAUAUAAAUAUAUGUAUAUACAUACAAGAACGGAGGGCUGGUCAACUUGAAUUGCAGCACAAGAAGGAGAAGAAGAAAGCAUCUAGAGAAACGCCUCAGGAGAAGUAUCUUAGAGAAGAUCUGAUCUCAUUGUUAGCAUCUCAGUCCAAGACUCAUAACAGGCUGCACCAGGCUCUCCUGCCUCCCUGGCUUACUGCUUUUAUAUCUCACUCGUAUUUAUUUACCAACAGCAACAGAUUCUUGUUUUUGUGUUUCUUUCAGUUACUUUUCCAGCUAGGGAGGUUGCAUUUUAUCCUUGAUUUUGCUGUUCCUCUGCUCUUUUUCUUUACUUAUCUGGAAUUGAGCUUUGUUUUUUCCCUUGGAACUGUUGCUUGAUUCAAACUUUUAAUCAGAAUAGCAGUCAGUCUUCAUGUCCUCCUAACCUGUCAGACAAGGCAAUGCAGACCACAUUCUAAGACCCUACGGAAACUUGAAACACUUGGCUUUAACUUGGAACCCAAUUCAUCACGUUUUGUUUUUCUGUAACACAGUGGAAUUUUUCUUUUAUAUGAAUGACAAUGUGCAGGAAAGCACUGCUUGUCUGGCUAUUGGUGUACGGAAUAAUGCACUGCACUGUCCACUCCUCACCUACGGCACUCAAGUACCCAGCACUUAGGCUUGAAGAUGAAGUAUAUGAUGAGGACGGCAACACUCUACCAGACUUUGCGUUUGAUAACAAUCCGAUUGGCAUCGGAAAUCCAGCCUCGGUCUUUGACGAUAUGUACUCGUUUUAUUACCCAGCGGAAAAAAGACAUGCUGAUGAUCUAUUAAACAAAGCCUAUAGGAAUUUACUGGGGCAAUUGUCUGCGAGGAAAUACCUGCAUACUCUGAUGGCCAAACGCUUAGGUGCAGUGAGUAGCAGCCUGGAAGAUGACUCGGAACCCCUAUCAAAACGACAUUCAGAUGGCAUCUUCACUGACAGCUACAGCCGCUACAGAAAACAAAUGGCUGUCAAGAAAUACUUGGCAGCAGUCCUGGGGAAAAGGUAUAAACAAAGAAUUAAAAAUAAAGGACGACGAGUAGCAUACUUGUAGCGAUGAGCAACCAGCCACCCUGUGUGUACAGCCCCAACAAAAUGAAAAAAACAAAACAAAAAAAGUCAUCUCCAAACUGACUGAACAAUCAUCGCUCCUGUGUUAUCUACAAACAUGUAUUUAUGUAUGAA